UCGCAGACUCACUUACCGUAUCCCCUCGGAGUAUAGUAUCUUAUGUUUAUCAUUAUAUAAUAGUAAACUGAAAAUAUGAUACUGUUUUUUCCAAUUCUAUGAUAGCUUGUUCACAAGACUACUAUGGACAAAACUGCAGCAAAGAAUGUUCACACACUUGUAAAAACAACAAUUGCAACUCACAGAAUGGCUCCUACGUGCAUGGAUGUAAACCUGGAUAUGAUUAUACAAUGAGCACAAACUGCUCAGUUGGUGAAAAGGAGGAGCGGAGGUUUACCGCCUCCGAGGUUGCCGGGAUGGCUGGAGGGUCUGUAGGAGGUUGUCUUCUCCUUGUCGGACUGGCGCAUGUUAGUGUUCUGGUAUAUAGAAGAUACAAGUCGGCCUCGACGAAAAGAGACUCAACUUACGUUAUUUCAGACGUAGAAAAUACUAGUACUAAGGGAGCAUACGAAGGCCCCUAUGAAAUGCUGCUUAAAACAUCGAUGAACAUAUGUAUCAGAAGAUCCAGAAGUGACACGUAUACACUAUACAGCUGGGAUGUGGUAUUUCAAUGAGGUUUAAAAACACAACUGGGUUUUAUAAAGUGUAUAUGCAAUAUGAUGUUUGUGGAGUUUUGUGCUGUUGUUCCGUGUUUCUUGUUUGUGAUUUCUUGUUUUUGUGUUCUAUGUCUUUGGUGUUUACCCUGUGCUAUUAAAUGGGGUUUGUGUUUAAACCUUUGGCUAAUGAGUUUGUUUCUGUAGCUUUUCAUAUAAAUAUUGGAAGUCCCAAAUACAUAUAAAGGAAUGGCAAGUGCCGUCUUCAGUAUAAUUCAGUGUUUGCCUAAUCAACACAGCAGAGCUACAUGGUUUUAUGGAUGUCAAUGCUACCAUUUUAUCCUCAUAAUGAAUAAUUGGUCUACUGAUGUGUUUUUAUUAAAAUGUCUAUACGUCGUUAUAAUUUGUUUGAGCCCUGUGUAUCUUAUAUGUUACCAAACAAUACUGGUAUGUAUUUAUGUUAGUUCUUAACUAUAAAUGAUAGUUACUUUUCAAUUCAUUGCAACAUUAUUUAUUCACUUCAUGAACGAAGUAUUUGUCGGUAAAAAAACUAUAUAUAUCUUAUAUUUAUCUGCCUUUACAUAUGACAUCCGAUAAUAAACCAUAAACCAAUAUUUGGACAUUUGCUACUGAAGGCCCAUGACCCGU